AUCGACCUUCACCUUGUUUGACCUUUGACAUAUGUGGUAAGCAUGGCUCCCACUGAAAACAAGAUUGAUUCUGAAGACCGCUCAAGUGCACAAAAGGAUACUACAAAACAUGAUAGCGUUGCAUCUACCGGGACGCCGAAACUCAUUGGGGGAGUAUUCCUGGCUGCGGUGGCGGGUCUGUCCAUACUGGGAGGGUUCGGGAUGACGGUUGCCAUGGCAAAGAAGAAAGAUCCCAAUAUGUUCAAUAAGGGCAUGAUAGCGACUCGUGAGCUCCCAGAGAGUGGAGGAUCGCUGGCUGCGCGGGCGCUGGGGUGGGGGAGCCUCUACUCCGUGACGGGGGUGGGGCUGCUCUGCUUCACCGUCUGGAAGCUCAUGGGGGUACACAACAUGAAAGAAUUCACGGCGAAGAUGCAGUCAAUAAUGCCUAAAAUUCCCAAGAAAGAAAGUCAAGGUCGAAGUGAAUUCAAUUCCAUAAGAGAACUAUUUGAAUAUCUCAUUGAUGAAGAUAAGAAAUCAGACAAGAAAUCCUAGCACACUGAUAUGGUGGACAUCACGGUGACAGGAACCCACUGGAGGGGUCAAACAGCCUGGGUCAGCUCUCAACAUGUGGUCUGUCCUGCGAUAGUUGACACAUCUGUUUGAGAGGGCUUAUCUUGACAAAUGUCAAAUCAGUGAGUGAAAUGGAAAUUAUCUGGAAGCACUCAUAAACUCUCACUCAGGUCAGUCAGUUGUAAAGGGCUGUGGGGUAGCCUUGUGGUUAAAGUGUUCUCUCAUCACACUGAAGUCAUGGUUCGAUUCCCAACAAUGUGUGAAGCCCAUUUCUGGUGUCCCCGCUGUGAUAUUACUGGAAUAUUGCUAGAAGCAGCGUAAAACCAAACUCACUCAGACAGUUGUGAGGACAUGAGUAUACAGAAUAAGGAAUUCACCAUGUCAAUCAGGCCAUAUGAUCGACCAAUGAGAAGUCAGAAUCAGAAUCGGCCAUUUUGUCCGACAACUUCAAACCUGUCAGUUUUUUUCUGUCAGGAAAAUAGUAUAGUUUUUACUCCAUUUUUUGAACAGCACAAAUACUUAUGAUAUGUUUGUUGGUUGGUUGUUGAACACCGCACUGUGAAUAGUCGUGUCCAGUGAACAUCGAUCUACGCAAUUGGGAUACAGUGUCCCAUGAUAUGUAGAUCUAAAACUUUUGAGGAAUUACAAAACAUGAAACACGGACACUAGCUGGAUAUUAGUUUAAAUGUAUCUAGAAACCUGUGAAGAUCCAGGGUAGAAUAGAUCUUCAGCAACCCAUGCGUUUUGUAAAAGGCGGAAACUGGUGGUCAGGCUCGCUUACUUGGUUCAUGCAUAUCAUCGUAUCCCAAUUGCAUAGAUCGAUGCUCAUUAUGUCAAGCACUGAAAUGUCUGGUCCAGACUCGAUUAUUUACAGACCGCCAUCAUAUGGCUGGAAUGUUGCUGAGUGCGGUGUUAAACAACAAACAACAACAUGUGUCUAGAACUGUUGAUACACACAGUAAAGAGCAACAUGGUCACUCAUGGAAAAGAACAUCGCUGACAUGUUUUGUUUGUUUGUUUGUUUGUUUAACGCCGCACUCGGCAAUAUUCCAACUAAAAAGACAGCGGUCUGUACGUAAUCGAGUCUGGACCAGACAAUCCAGUGAUUGACAUCAUGAGCA